AUGGACGAGCAGCCCUUCGCCUCCACCCGCAGCCGGCCAGCACCCCCCCGGCUACGGCUCUCAAACGCCCCCCGCCCUUCCGACCAGGCGCUGGUGCUCCCCUCAUCGGCCCGCUCCGAGCCAGCCCCAUCGAGCGACGACCUCAUCACCCCCGGCCCAUCAGCAGCAGCCCAAGAGCAGGCCAUCGAAAGCCUGACCGACGACCCUCAUCCCUACCUCCGCUCCCAUAUACCUCCCGUCCCACCACUCCCCCCACACUUUGCCCAUCUCAACGGAAACAGCUCUGCCGCCACCUCUCUCACUCCCCAAGCCCUCCUCCAGCGGCUCGAACAACUCCUCCAAGCCAAGUCCCACGAAAUCCAACUGGCCGGACAGCUGGGCAACUCCCUGCUCGAGCAACAGGCGGAACUCGAACUGCGCAUCUCCGAACUCGAAUCCACCGGCGCACUCUUCUCCGCCCCUCAGCCCAAACCCAGCAGCAGGCGCCACAGGGAACACACCCCCGCCGCCCCCAACCACAACGAGCCAGCAGCAGCACAUCUCCAGUCACUCUCUGGCGAAUCUACCGAGGCCAGCGAGGAUGAGGCAAACCCCAUCGACCACACCGUCCGCCGCAAGGUCGAAGAACUCGAUGCUGCCAUGAAACGCUGGCAGGAAGGAAACUCCGAGAUCUGGCGCCAAGCCCGUGGUGAACCACCCGCAAUAAGCAGACCCUCCACCCCCUCACAAAGCCCCAAUGGUCCCAUGCCGAUCACUCCAGUCGGUCACCAACUGCCACCGGGCUCGACCCCGGACUCCAAGUCGGUAGCCCAUUCCCCGACCACCGAUCAAUCCAUUAACCGGCGGGCCCGAAACGCCCAGCAUCGGGCCAACGACAUCGAGUUCGCAACAGAGAUCGGCCAGAGCCUCCUGGGCGAAGUCCGCAGACUACAGUCUCUUCUGGUCGUCAAAGAGGAUGAGCUGAUGGAGAUGAAGGAGGAGCGCGAAGGCCUCUGGGAACGGAAUGAACAGCUGAUGCAACGAAUCAAGGACUACGAAGCCAACGUUGACAAAUUCAAAGAAGAGAACUGGAACCUAGAGCUCAACAAGCAGGAACUUCAGACAAAGCUCACAACUACCAGGGAUGAAAAGGCUAAAGUGGAAGCAGAUCGGCUCAAGCUCAUCAAGCAGCUGACCGACCUCCAGCAAUCGUCUGAUCAACAGCGCGCCGAGUUUGAGCGCACGACCAACCUGCUGGCCGAAGAGCGCAGCAAGUACGAGUCCACGAUCGCCACCUUGCGCAAGAAUCAUGCCGGCUUGCAACGGGAACGCAGUGAUCUCCAAGGCACACUCGACGGCGUGAAGGUUGAGCUGGAGACGAUCAAGAAGAAGGCCACCAUGAAGCGCGUCGGAAGCGGCAGGCAGGCCGACGGCCUGUCGUACGAGACCGACAAUCCUGGGGAGGGUGCGGGAGACGAGGAGGAGAUCCUGGCGACCCGGAUGACGCCCGGGAAGCGGAAGGCAGGCGACCAUUUCCACCAGAACGGGACACCCAUCGACGGCUUCGGCGGCGACGAGGGCGACCCCGACAAUCUCACCGGCACUCCGGCCAGACAACGCGGCCUGGGCUCCAACCUGGGCUUCUCUACCGAGAACGACCAGCUCCGGACCUCGUUGGCCCAUGCCCAACGGACCAUCAGCACCCUGCGUGGCGCGCUCCAACGGAAGAAGGAGGACGCGAUCCGGGCCAAGAAGUCCUCGGCGAUCUCGCUCGGCGACCCGGCGAAGGCGAGCGACAUGCUCCUGCCGCGCAAGCUCCUGCUGAGCUCGUCUGUCCGCGGCACGCCCCGCGGCGGCUCCCGUGGCCGCACCCGGGGAGGCCUGCCCUCCCGCCGGGGCCGGUUCAGGGGCACGCCCAGCAAGCUCUCCCAGCGGGCAGACGAGCUCGUCUCGUCCUCCUCCGAAGACCACCCCCUUCCCGACCGGGCCGGCCCCCUUGCACUGUCGUUGCGGGCCGAAGAACAGGAGGAGGCGCUGGGCGCAGUCAACCGACGCUCCCUGCUCUCCGGCGGCUCAGAAGAAGACGACACGACGAGGUCACUCGGCUUUCUCUGCCGCGAUGGCGCCCUGUUGCCCGACGACAUCCGGGCCGAACUUGCUGCGCGUCGACGGGCCGACUCUGAGGAGGACGGCCGCGGCGAGCUGAAGCCGGUCCCCGGCCCCUCCUCCUCCUCCGGCUUGGCUCUUCCCGGGGUCGAGGUGGGCACGAUGACCGAGAUCGGGUCCCCCGUCUCGCCCGUCGCUAACCCCGUCGCCCUGCGCGCUCAUCAGAUCCCCGAAGGGGCGCCUGCUCUCGGCGGUAAGGCGGCGCCCGGCUCGCUGCCCGUCGAGAAAAUCGUCGAGAAAAUCGUCGAGGUCGAGAAGAUCGUCGAGGUCGAGAAGAUCGUCGAGGUGGAGAAGAUCGUCGAGGUGGAGAAGAUCGUCGAGGUUGAGAAGAUUGUGGAGGUGGAGAAGAUUGUGGAGGUGGAGAAGAUUGUGGAGGUGCCGGUGGACCGGGUGGUAGAGGUGGAGAAGAUUGUGGAGCGGAUAGUCGAGGUGCCCGUGGAGCGAAUCGUCGAGGUGGAGAAGAUCGUCCACGUCCCCGCUGCUGCCCCCGUCCCACCCCACCCAUCGCCCUCCCCCCCUCCCAUCUCGCCCCGCGAGGCACUUACUCCUCCCGAAGACAAAAUCGUCGAGGUCGAGAAAAUCGUCGAGGUCGAGAAAAUCGUCGAGGUCGAGAAAAUCGUCGAGGUCGAGAAGAUCGUCGAGGUUGAAAAAUUAGUGGAGGUUGAGAAGAUCGUGGAAGUGGAGAAAUUAGUCGAGGUCGAGAAAAUUGUGGAAGUGGAGAAGAUCGUUGAAGUGGAGAAGAUUGUGGAAGUAGAGAAAUUAGUCGAGGUUGAAAAGAUAGUCGAAGUGGAGAAAUUUGUCCAAGUAGAGAAGCUCGCGGAGAUCGGAAAGCCAGUUGCAGUGGAAACAAUUGCGGAUGUUCAGACAGGGAAGCGAGAGUCGGAGCAAGAGGAACUGGCGGCAGAAACAUCAGUUAUUGGCGCGGAGCCAACAGAUGGUGAAGUGUCUGUCGAGCCUACGCCAGGACGACCAGUGAUGACUCAGACCGAACUGACUUCCAGCACGAUUGCUUCUCUUGAGGCCAAGUUUGCCAAAGAUCUCAGCCGCGCUGGCACGGGCAACGAAGAGUCGAUCAAAGAUGGUGCAGGGCUACAGCGCUCCAAGUCCCAGUCCAAAUCCUUUACUGUCAAACAACGCCACCGUUACUCCACCAUGUCGCAACUCUUCGGAAACGGGGAUAACGAAAGUGAAGAGCAGAUGUUUUCUGCCGACGAGGGAGCCCUGGAUACUGACCACGAAGAUUUCGAAGACGCUUCAGAGAGCCUGAUCGGCACCGCGCGUUUCUUGCAGGGACAUGGCGUCAGUGGCUCGGUGGAUCUGUCUGCGGCACAUGUGCUUAUUCGCGGGGCAGAUGAUAUGGAGAGUGUUUCGAGCCCGUUCUUGGCUGCCAAAUUCCCCAAACAAGGAGCUCGGGAUGGGCAAUCCUCUCCCUUGCGUGCAUCCUUUGACCGAGACGCAACCAUCUCGCAGCUGCUAGCUUCGCCGCCAAUCGACAACUCCCUCAAAAGCGUCACCCUCGAGAUCGGCGUACAGACCGAAAGCUCCGACGACCUUGUCCGCGACUCGAUCUACAAUCUGGGUGCGCGAGACUCGAUGGCCACGUUUGGCGGCGGCUCAACCUCUCGGGCUCUCGAAUGCUCUAGAGGCGGGAAGGUGGCAUCCACCAAGAACACUUCUCGAAGUCUGUCUUCUAGCGUCGGUGCUCGUCGUACCCACCAUGCCCAUCAGGAUAGCGUGACUUCGCCCACCGGCUCGGACGAGUUUUCAAGAAACCGUUGCUCGCUCAAUUCUGUUCGGACCGAAGAAACCACCAGUACCAGCGAGCAACUCACUCCGGCCUGCUCUCCGAGACGGAGUCUCCCCACCAACUCUCUCCAUCUGGAUAAUCAUCCGAUCAACCAGACUGAGCCCAUCCCCUCUUCAACCUCUCACAAGCCAACUGAGCCCCAGUCGCCACCCGGCCAACCGCGCCAGGUCAACCCCGUACCUUCAUCUUCAUCCGGCUUUCCUCCACAGAGACCGUCCUCACCCCCACCCAAGGAACUGGUUGAAAAGGCGCAAAUUCCGCGGACCAUUCAGUUGACGGUACCCACCGCGCCUUCUAUCCGACGUUCCUCGUACUCGAGCAUGCCCCCACCAUCCACCAAACCCCGUGCUGGCAAGGCUAGCCCGGCCACAUAUGCCAGCAAGAAGAAGGCAUCCACUCUCAGUCGGGCGAACAAGCAAUUCAAUGCAGCCGACAACUCUGCUGAUUCGUCCGAGGUCAGCCAAUUCGGCAUGGCCCUCAUGGCCCCAGUCGUCCAUUCUAGUAACGAACACAUCCGCCGCAAGAUGCAACUCGGCAACCUUGCCGCGACGGGCGGGUCGACUGAGCAGCUCAGCCACAGGUCUAGACGCCAGUCGUUCAACUCGGAUCGGACGGACCACACCAGUGAUCCCGGGGACGACCAUAUCCCACGAUCUGCCGCCGGUCUCUCCGCCCCGACAACCACCGAUCCCAAUGCCAUCCACGCCAUCACCCAGACCAUGAUCGGCGAAUUCCUGUUCAAGUAUACGUCCAAAACUCUCACGCGCGGGUUCAGCGAGAAACGCCACAGGCGGUUCUUCUGGGUCCACCCGUAUACCAAGACCUUGUACUGGAGCACUUCGGACCCUGGCGCCCAUGGCGCUAACCAGUCCACUGCCAAGAGUGUUCUCAUCGAAAGCGUCCGGACGAUUAACGAUACUAAUGUCGCCCCCUCCGGCCUGGCGUCGCAUAGCCUUGUUAUCCAGACACCCAACCGGGAAAUGAAGAUUACCGCCCCUUCGAAAGAGAGACACGAGCUCUGGUUCAGCGCCAUCAACUAUCUUCUGACGCGACCUGAUCCCUCUGCGAAUACAAGCCCAGUAAUGACACAACAAAACAUCAGCCCGAACCCCUCUACGCGAGGCCCGGCCCAGUCCACCUUUUCUAGUCGAAACACGAUGCUUUCUAGGUUCAGGACCCAUGAUCCGUCGGUAUUCAGCACGCCGCCGGCUGUGCAUCAAGCUAUAUACGACAUGUCUAGCUCGAAAUCUCUCAACGACAGUCCAGCAAUCGCCUCGACCGAAUCUUCGGAGCGACUGACUCCCAAAGCAAGUAAAGGUCCCUCCGGUCUCCCUGUGCCCAUGAAACGGGGAGCUGCCACAUCGCGUGGAUCUGCGAAGCAGCUGAACGACUCGCCGCGCUUCCUCCAGAGCUCGCCUGCCGAUCCAAUCGUGUUCGAGAACAGCUUCAGCCAGUCGGCCUUUGGUCUUCAACAGGACCCCGAUCGCCGCUCCGUCAGCUUCAAUGGCGUCCAUCGCGGCGACGGCGAGAUGGCUGACGACACGGACGUCAGCAUGAGCUAUGAUAGUCGCUGCGAUGAUACCUUCGACGAUGGAUUCGAGGGAGUCGAGAACGUCCGAGCUUGUUGUGAUGGGAAACACGACGUUGGAUCAUUAUCUCGACGGCUGGACCAUUCAUCCAGCCAUGACCACGGCCAUGUGCCCCACAAUCGCCCCGCAUCUCGAGGAGCAUCAGCCAAGCAGCGCGAGACGGAUCGGACGAGUUACGUCUCCAACCGGGCCCUUCGACCGCUGGACAGUCCCAGUCUGCGAGCAUCGAAUCUCGAAGCUCUGCGUUCACGGUACGGCGGCGCCAGCUCGCCGGGCCCCCAAGCGCAAGCGCAAGCCCAAGCCCAACAGACGCCCCCGCAUCUCCGCCGGGUCCAGGGCCGAGGCUCGGUGGCCAGCCGUGCCGGGGGGCUCCCGAGCUCGUUACAGUCUUCCCCCGCCGGCACGGUCUCCAGUCGGUUCCACCGCGAAUCCAAGUUCUUCCAGGACCUCAAAGCGUUCAAUCCUGCUUCCGUCGAGCAGCUCCAGACGCCCCCGCCCCGCAGUAGCAGUCGCUUCCCGAACCAGCAGAGCCAUCAUCUCGCGUCCAGCGUCCGUAGCACUCGGCAGGGCUCGGUGGGCUCGGACCUCGGAUGA